CAACCCCAGUCCCCAUCCUGCUGGCCUGAGCAGCCCAGCAUCCCCUGCUGGCCUGGUCCUCAAUCAUCCCAACCAGCCCCAGCUCAACCUCAGCCCAUGCCUCGCUUCCCUGGGAACCCGAACACCCCCUGCUGGCCUGGGCAACAGCCAUCCCAACAAGCCCCAGGUCCAGCCCAAAACUGGCCUGGGCCACAGUCAUCACAACCAUCCCCAGCUCCAGCCCAAAACUGGAACUGGCCUGUUCCUCAACCAUCCAAACCAUCCCCAGCUCCAGCCCAAAACUGGCCUGGUACUCAACCACAACAUACCCAUCCAGCCCCAACCCAUCCCUGCCAGCCGUGCUGGCCUGGACCCCAGCCCCAGCCUCCCCAGCCUACACCCCAGCCUUAUCAACCUCCAGCCUCAAUUCAAGCCCAGGCUCAGGGCCCCAGCCAGCCCAGUCCCCCAGGGUGGCCAGUCCCAGGCUUUAACCCAGGCGUUAACCCAGGGUCUGGAUGGCCAUUCGGCCCUGGUCAGGACCCAGGUGUACAAUCUAGUUGGCCUGAUCAGGACCCAGGUGGCUUCCCACCUGCUACACAGUGGAAUCCGACACCAACUGGACAGAAUGUGCCCUACAACCUGAACCUACAAAGAGGCAUCUACGACAAGAUGAUGCUCACCAUCAUGGGCCAGGUCAAACCAAACGCUAAGCAGUUCACAGUGAACUUUCUGCGAGGUAAUGACAUCGCCUUCCACCUCAACUCUCGGUUUAAUGAGGGGGGCAAGCAGGCAGUGGUGAGGAACCACAAGAUGGGAGAGCACUGGGGGAAGGAGGAGAGGCACACACAGGGACGCUUCCCCUUCAUGGCCGGUCAGUCCUUCGAGAUGAAGAUUUUGGUUACGUCUGGCGAGUUUAAGGUGGCUGUGAACGGAACUCAGCUGUUUGAGUUUAAACACCGCAUCAGAGAACUCAACCAGAUCGAUCACAUCAACAUCCUCCAUGAUGUCAUCCUCACCUCUGUCAACGUAGACACGAUACCAUGACAACCAUACAUAUGACAUCCCUAUAUUAUACAACACUCAUCAUAGGCUACAUGCAUAACAUGGCAUCAAUCUGCAGUUAAAGUCUUUGCAACUUUUUUAUGAUGAUGGUGAUGAUGAUUAUGAUGGUGAUGAUGAUUAUGAUGGCGAUAAUGGUGAUGAUGAUUAUGAUGGUGAUAAUGGUGAUGAUGAUUAUGAUGGUGAUAAUGGAGAUGAUGAUUAUGAUGGCGAUAAUGGUGAUGAUGAUUAUGAUGGUGAUAAUGGUGAUGGUGAUAAUGGUGAUGAUGAUUAAGAUGGUGAUAAUGGUGAUGAUGAUUAUGAUUGCGAUAAUGGUGAUGAUGAUUAUGAUUGCGAUAAUGGUGAUGAUGAUUAUGAUGGUGAUAAUGGUGACGAGCUGCAAACAUAAUACUGCAUUAAUACCCACUAACUCCACAAAAAAACAAUCCUUUUGCAAAUGUGUGUAAUUUACAAGGUAUGAAGGACUAAGAAUUAAGCAAUGCCAUUUCACUUAAAUGUGUAUAAUAUUUUAUAUCUAUUUUCUGUUGAACGUCUAUGUAAAUUAACAUACUCCUGACUCAAGGUAUCAGUAGAUACAGUGCAUUACACUGAUUCACUGAAGGUCUCCAUAUGAGGGCAUUCAGUGCCCUACAAGGGUAGUAAAUAACA